AUGAAGUUCACGAAACCAGCUUGGGUAUCUCACAAAGACCCUUCCUCUAAAGGCGACCAAGCCCCCAAACGUCUCUCCAUCUUCUCUGUCCACGUCCAUCCAGACGGCUCACGCAUCGCCACCGGAGGCCUUGACGCCAAAGUCCGAAUAUGGUCCACGAAACCCAUCCUCAAUUCUGCCUCGGAAUUGUCGAAUAGACCACCGAAGAGUCUGUGCACGUUGACGAUGCAUACGGGCCCGGUUUUGUGUGUGAGAUGGGCGCAUUCGGGGAGGUGGCUUGCGAGUGGGAGUGACGAUGAGAUUGUGAUGAUUUGGGAUCUGGAUCCGUCAGCAAAAGGCAAAGUAUGGGGAACCGACGAGGUCAACGUCGAAGGCUGGAAACCUCUCAAACGGCUCCCCGGGCACGAAUCGGAUGUGACGGACGUGGCGUGGUCUCCGAAUGAUCGAUAUUUGGCCUCUGUGGGGUUGGAUUCGAAAGUGUUGAUCUGGUGUGGGUAUACGUUGGAACGCCUCCAAAAACUCGACCUCCACCAAGGCUUCGUAAAAGGCGUCUGCUGGGACCCUGUCGGCGAGUUCCUCGCUACACAAUCGGACGAUAAGACCGUUAAGAUCUGGAGGACGGAGGAUUGGAGCCUCGAAGCGGAGGUGAGGAAGCCGUUUGAGGAUUCGCCGGGGAGUACGUUUUUCAGGAGGUUGAGCUGGUCUCCGGACGGCGCACAUAUCACGGCGAGCAAUGCGACGAAUAAUCAAGGGUUUGUAUUUAUCGCGGCGGUGAUCACUCGUGGAAGUUGGACGUCGGAGAUCAGUCUUGUGGGACAUGAGAAUACUGUUGAAGUUGCCUCUUAUAACCCACACAUCUUCCUCCGUGACCCGUCCCAACCUGUACACACUUCCAAUAUCUGUUCUGUUGUCGCCCUUGGGGCCGAUGAUCGGUCGGUAUCGGUGUGGCAGACAAAGAGCGCGAGGCCACUGAUCGUGGCGAAGGAGGUGUUCGAGAGGCAGAUUAUGGACCUCGCCUGGUCAUGGGACGGUCUCGCACUCUACGCAGUCUCCUCCGACGGAACCCUUGCCGCUUUCUCCUUCGACCCCGAUGAACUCGAAGGCCUAGCGCCCCACUCCGUCCAACAACAAUACCUCUCCCGCUUCAACUACGCCGCUCCUCCUCUUCCCACAGGAUACUCCCACACCAGCACCCCCAUGCCCGUGCAAUCUCAGACUCCAGCAAGGGAGAGGAUGACACCGCCGCCAUCGCCCUCGAGGGGCGAGACGCCUGCCUUGGCGCAGCCUCAUGCGAAUGGAUUCGAAGAUGUUAAUGGAGGAGGCGAGCGAAUCAAUAAACUCGUGGCGAAGCGGAAGCCGAAGGGUACCAAACGCGUACAGCCGACGUUCAUGGGCUCAUUGGGUGGAGCGGGAUCUUCGAAUGCCGCGGCUGUCCCUUCUGCGUCCAUAGAGGGUUCGAAGCCAGGCUCUUCCGCGCAUGGUUAUGGACGCUCUCAUGGACAGGGUCAAUAUGCGAACCAAGGAGGAGCGUUGGUCGGGCCUGGGAUGGGGAUGGGGAUUGGAGCGGGGAUGGAGAGUUCACCCUUCGCGCCGGAGUUCUCGAGGAGAUUGUCGGAUCACGGACAGGGGCAGAGUUAUCGAUCACAUUCCCGGGACGAAGACUAUGGGGAUUAUUCGUUGGCUAGCUUGGGUAUGGAUCUCGACGUACCCAUUUCCUCCUUGGGCCUCAAUGAUCCGGCUCCCGGCGGGAGUGUGAGUGGAGGGAAACGAAAAGCCGAGUAUACUGGGGAUGAGAGGCCUGGUAAGGCGAGGACGUUGGGCGGGGAUAGGGUUAGGGAGGCGGUCGUUGUGAGGAAGAUUAGUGGGUUGGGUGGUCCAGGAACUGGAGCUGCUGCUGGAGGUGUAGGCGCCGGCGCGGUGGUGGGGCAGAAGGUGUUUGAAGUGUUGCCUGUGGUCACGUAUUUGAGCGUGAAGGGAGAGGGGAUGGGUGACGACGUGUUUGAGGGCAAGAAUGCGGAGAGUGGAGCGGUCUGUGAGGUUGCGUAUGUGAGUGGUAAACAGACACAAUGGCUGGAUUUCCUGCCGUCACCUUCCAUCGUCCUUGCUGCGAGCAAUACGUUCGCGGCAGUCGCAAUGUUGGAUGGGUGUCUGAAUGUUUACUCGUUGACGGGGCGCAGGAUGAUGCCCACACUAACACUGGAUUCACCGGCAAAUUUCUUGGCUGCUGCGAAGAACGCUCUAAUAGCCGUGACAUCGAACGGGACGCUUUACUCUUGGAACGUCAAAAAAUCCACGGCCCAUUUCGCACCCACCUCCGUCCUCCCCAUACUCUCCCUCUCGCCCAACGCCUCCACCUCAGGCAUUCCAUCUCACAUGACCUCCCUCUCUGCGCGUCCUAACGGUGCCCCCAUCAUCCAUACCACAUCAGGAACGGCAUACUCCUACGACUCCUCCCUCCUCACAUUCGUCAAGCUUUCUGAGCCAUGGUGGUCCCAAGGAUCCGACGCCUGGUCCGGUCGCCAACGCACCAGCACCACCGCUUCGGCCCAAACAUCCAAGACUGUCACCAACGUUAUCACAGGCGUGGAGAGCGUCGUCGCCGAAACCAUGAAAACGAGUGGCUCCAACGGCACCGGCGGUGGGAGCGAAUUCGGAUAUGGCGACGGUGCGGCGGGGGUACAAAGACCGGAAUGGUGGUCUACGGCGUUGACGCUCGGGCAUCUGGAGACGAAGAUGCAUGCGGGGAAGGUGCUGGAGGGAAGUCCGGCGGAGUUCAAGCAGUUUUUGUUGGUCUAUGCGAAGAAGAUUUCUGAUGAGGGAUUUAGGGGUAAGGCGGAGGAGUUGAUAAAGGAGUUGUUUGGGCCUGUUUAUUGGAGGCCUGGGAUGGGAGGUACGAGUGGAGGAAAAGAGGGAGAGGGGUGGAAUCCGGUGAUGUGCGGGAUGCAGAAGAGGGAUUUGUUGAGGGAUGUGUUGGCGAUUUUUGGUGAGUUCUCCGAAUGCUCGCUCUCCUCUGGUUUGCGAAAACAGUGCUGA